CCCAAUCCCAAUCCCAAUCUUUCUGCCCAAAACAAUUCAACUGUGGCAACCUCAUAAACGUCACUUUUCCUUUCACCAACAUGUCACAACCCAACUGCGGAUUGCACACCUUAGAUUGUGGUGCCAGGCCAUUUCCCAGAGUUAAGUUUGGAGAACAACAAUAUGAUAUUAAGAAUAUUAGAGGUGAAAGUAUGCGUCUCUUCAACCCCCUUCCACAGAGUUACUUUCUGGAACGAAAUUGCAACAUUUUUUACAGAAAGUUCUCAUCAUUUCCCACCUCUGCUUUGAUUUCGUUUGUUCCUCGUAUGCAUAACUUCUACAGAUGUGAUCGGAAGUCAAAUGUUAGCUUGCAGAAGAUUGGUCGUUACUUUAAUGGAUUUGCGAGCUAUAAUAAGUGCAAGAACUUCGUGGUGUACUAUAGAGAGGGCCGCAAUGAUACUGCCCCAGGCGGCAGCCUUCCUGCAGAGUGUUCAAUUAUUCAAUUGCCAUUUCGAAAGAACUCCAGAGCAAGUGACCUAUUUCGGAAAUUAAAUUCUCCGAUUUCUGUAGAAUGGGAGGUCUCUGAAACUUGUGAGGAUUGUCAUUAUAAAGGGGGGAGAUGCCUAAUUGACCACAAUAACACUACUCUUUGCUCUGGAGUUGCAGGAAAAAGUAUCAAGUCAAAGGUCAUUCUGGUAACAGUUUUUGGUGGGGUAAUAUUGAUCCUGGCAACAAGUUUGGUGGUCAUGUAUUUUCGGAAUCGCAAGAAGGGAUGUUUUGGUUCUUCUUCAUCCUCAAAACGUGACCUCGAGGGAGGCAGCAAGUACUUUGGGGUUGCAGUUUUCUCCUACUCCGAACUUGAAAGAGCAACGAACAAGUUUGAUUCUUCAAAAGAACUCGGAGAUGGAGGAUUUGGAGCUGUUUAUCACGGCAAACUUCGAGAUGGAAGAGAAGUUGCAGUGAAGCGGUUGUAUGAGCACAACAGCAAGAGAAUGGAGCACUUCAUUAAUGAAAUAAAAAUCCUCACCCAUCUAAGGCAUCAAAAUCUUGUAACCCUCUAUGGCUGCACGUCGAGGCGCAGCCGUGAGCUCCUCCUUGUUUAUGAAUACAUCCCUAAUGGAACAGUUUCAGAUCAUCUCCAUGGGGAAAGGGCAAACCGUGUAACCCUCGCGUGGCCAAUCCGAAUGAACAUUGCAGUAGAAACCGCUAUUGCACUUGCUUAUCUCCACGCUUCUGACAUAAUACACCGCGAUGUGAAGACUGCUAACAUUCUUCUCGACAACAACUUUUGUGUAAAAGUUGCUGAUUUCGGGCUUUCAAGGCUUCUCCCUUACAACGUCACACAUGUCUCCACUGCACCGCAAGGGACACCAGGGUAUGUUGAUCCCGAGUAUCACCAGUGCUAUCAGCUAACUGAUAAGAGCGACGUUUAUAGUUUUGGAGUUGUCCUGGUUGAGCUCAUAUCAUCAAUGCCUGCUGUGGAUAUAAGUAGACACAGAGACGAAAUCAAUCUGGCGAAUCUAGCGAUAAACAAGAUACAAAGACGUGCAUUUAAUGAGCUGAUCGAUCCAUCUCUAGGGUUCGAGACAAACACCGAAAUAACGAGGAUGAUCACUUCAGUGGCAGAGCUAGCAUUUCAAUGCUUGCAAGCCAAGAAAGAAAUGAGGCCUACAAUGGAUGAUGUAGUGGAGACACUGAAGGGGAUUCAAGGAUGUGAUGAGUUCAGAGAGGAUGCAAUAGAGGAUCAGACAAAUAAGAAUACUAAUGUUUCUAGCAGUGUAAAAGUCCAACCCACAUUGGAAUCAGAAGAUAUUGUCUUGUUGAAGAAGAUCAAUAGGUUCCCAACUUCUCCAACUUCAGUGACUGAUAGGUGGACCAGUUGCUCUACUGCAACCAGUAACAGUUCAUGA